AUGACUGGAUAUAGUUUGCAGCAAAUGGUGGAGCUUGAGUUCUUCAGGAAGCAGUUCCAUGAGGAAUGGGAGCACCUUGAGAAACUGAUGGAAUUUCAGAAUCAGCAUGGAGGCAGGAUCUUGCUUAAGGACAUCAAGAAGUCAGAGCAGGAUGAGUGGAACAAGCAGAGAGCUCGGCAGAUGGAGAAGGAUGUGAACCAGAGUCUGCUGGAUCUGCACAAACUCUCGACUGAGCACACUGACCCUCAUCUGUGUGACUUCCUAGACAGCCACUACCCGGAUGAGCAAGUGAAGAUGAUCAAGAAGCUUGAAGAUCACAUCACCAACCUGAAAAGACUGGGAGUCCCUGAGAAUGGCCUGGGAGAGUACCUGUUUGACAAGCUCUCCUUGGAGGAGUGA